CAACUGCACAGACGCCUCUCUUGUUACCGGAAGUGCGUGGCCGAGACGAAACAUGGCGUGCAGCAAAUUUAAUAUACAAGUGGUUUAUACGUCUUUUUGCGUGUUCUUUUUGUCUUUUUUAGUAGUUUUUUCAUUACUAGAAACAAUAGCCUGUGAUAAUGUGUUCAGCGCGAGUCAAACACCUUCUAUUUCCGUCGCUGCCGCUAAGGAGUUACGAUACCUUUUAUAUGAUAUAAACCCUCCAGAGGGAUUUAAUUUGCGGAGAGAUGUCUAUAUCCGCAUGGCAUCCCUUGUCAAGACCUUGAGGAAAGAAGGGGAUGACUGGGUUUUAGUGCUUCCCCCAUGGGGUCGUCUUUAUCACUGGCAAAGUCCGGAUCUUCACCAGAUUCGUAUCCCAUGGGGCGAGUUCUUCAGCCUCACUAGCCUGCAGGUCAACGUGCCUGUCAUUGAAUAUGAGGAAUUUAUUGCAGAAAAUGGAGGACCAUUUAUUGAUCAAGUUCUGGUACUGCAGAACUACGCUGAGGGAUGGACUGAUGGAAAAUGGGAAGAAAAACUUGAUGAGAGGCCGUGCAUUGAGAAGCUAAUGUACUCCAAAGAUAAACAGGGCUACUACAGGGGCUGGUUUUGGGGCUAUGAAGAAACAAGAGCUCGAAAUGUUACAUGUAUAUCAGCUCAAGGGCAUGCCUCGAUCAUGGCCCCAGUUCUUCAGAAAAACAUCUCAGCAGUAUCAGUUAUGCUUGACAGAGCAGAGACACUUCUUCAUGACCACUACGCGGGGAAGGAUUACUGGGAUACUCGACGGAGCAUGGUUUUCGCUAAGCACCUGCGACUCAUUGGAGAUGCGUUCAGAGCAAAAUACUUGAACUCUACAGAUGACAGAGACCAUACAACAUACAACGAGGACUGGACUCGUAUGAAAGCUAAACCUGGUUCUGCAAGAGGUGGUCCGUAUCUGGGGGUUCAUCUGCGCAGAAAGGACUUUAUCUGGGGUCACAGAGACGACGUACCCAGCCUAAAGGGGGCGGUCAAGAAAAUAAGAAGCUUGAUGAAGAAACACAAACUGGACACAGUGUUUGUUGCAACUGAUGCAGAUGGGGAGGAACUGAAGGAGCUGAACAGAAUGCUGCCUGACAUGGUACGGUUUGAGCCUUCCAAGGAAGACCUGGAGCUGCUGAAGGAUGGAGGAGUGGCCAUUAUUGACCAGUGGAUUUGUGCUCAUGCAAGGUUUUUCAUCGGAACGUCGGUGUCCACCUUCUCUUUCCGAAUCCACGAAGAAAGAGAAAUUCUGAACUUCGACCCCAAAACUACAUACAACCGCUUCUGUGGAGACUCUGAGAAACAAUGUGAACAGCCCACACACUGGAAAAUAGUUUACUAAGGUUACCUCUGAAUUUCCCGACACACAAGUGCCAACAACAGUGUUUAACAGCAACAUUUUUGUACAAAAUAUUUUGUACUGGUUCAUUUCCCUAUCCAUGUUUUAGUGUUGUUCCAUUAAAAGUGACUGACAUUUCUACUCAGAUGACCCAAAUAUGGUAUUAAUGUAAAGUUCAAUAAUUAAAUCUGCAUUUAUUUUUAAACUAGAUGGCUUAUUUGGAUGUUUCAUGACAGUAUGUUACCUUGUUUUUAUUUAUUUUUGACUCAAGCACACCCAGUAUUGUGACUAAUUGUUUUCUAAUGGCUGGUAACUUUAUUGUGUCAAAAUAAAAGCUCAGAAGUGUCA